GUUUGGUUACCGGGAAAGGGUAAAGAGAAACGAAACAAGACUCUUUGAUUUGCCGGGAAGUUUUUUCUCCUUGGUUUUCUCCGCAAGGAAGCCUUUUUGUAUUUUGGGACUCAUGAUUAAGCUUGGCAUCUAGGACUGAAAUAAUAAGUUUAUUACUGAUUAUUGUAGUUUAACCGUUAACGUAGUCUGAUUUAUUAAAAGCUAAUUUUGAUCGCUGUCUACGGUUCUUUUUAUGGUAAUCGCGGUUCUGUUAAUCCCACUCUUCUAUUUGCUUACUGAAAAAUGGUAGGAAACAAAACCAUUACAAAAAAGGGACACCUUUCGUAUAAAAUGGUUCCCUUGGAUUUGGGUUAAUGAUAAACUGAGAGAAAGAGUAAGAAGAGAAAGUAAAAUGAACAAGCUAGGAUAUGGGUUGAACCUGAGGCUGUCGGCGCAACAGAAGAAGCAACAAUCGUCAAAACCACCCCAUCCACCCCCAUUUGGCUUUAAUGAUGAGGAUGAAGACAAUGUCGAAAGAGAGAUUUCUCGGCAGGCUAGCAAGAACAAGUCCCUGAAGGAUAUUGAGGAACAGCAGAAGAAAGCCCUGGAAGAGGAUCCCACUGUAUUUGAUUAUGAUGGAGUUUAUGAUGAAAUGAAACAGAAGGCUGUUCUACCUCGAGUGCAAGAUCGGGAAGAGAGAAAAUCAAGAUAUAUUCAGCUAUUGAAAGAAAAAACAAAAGAACGUGAGCAAUACCGCGAGGUUGUGUUUGAGAGAAAAAUCGCUAAAGAGAGAAGCAAAGAUGACCACCUCUAUGCAGACAAGGACAAAUUUGUCACAGGUGCUUACAAAAGGAAACUUGCAGAGCAGGCAAAAUGGAUGGAGGAAGAACGUAAGCGUGAAUUGCGAGAGGCAAAGGAGGAUGUUACAAAGAAGAGUGACUUGAGCGAUUUUUACUUCAACCUUGGAAAAAAUGUUGCUUUUGGUGCAAAUGAUGCUGAGUUGAGGAAACCAGAGAAACAGGCUGACUCAAGGAAGGCAGAAAGACAGCCCGAGUUACGAGAGCUAGAGAAGCUUGGAGAAAAAAGCUCUGCAAGUGUAUCAGAUAAAGUUGGGCCAUCAGAUAACUUAAAUUCACCUUUGGAGGUUUCAGGCAUGGAGGAAAAGCAUCAAGGUUCAGCUUCCACUCUGCCUGAGAGACAGUUCUUGUCCCCAGAUGUAAUGCCAGCCACCGACGCUUCAGCUCAAGAAGAAACUGUAGGUGAACAACCAUCAGCAGAACAGCCAAAGCGGGACCAUCAUAAGAGGAAUGAAGAUGCCGUAGCUGCAGCUAAAGAACGGUUUUUGGCACGGAAAAAGGCUAAAGAGCAGUAAAAUCUCUCUCAGAGCACGUCAUUUGAAUUUGGAAAUUUAAAGCGAACCCUCUUUUCUUUUGAAUCUGAAAAGAACUGGUUAAGCAUUGUCACAGGAGCUGAUGUUACCAUGUCUGUUCUGCGCACGAGCUUUUGCCUGUGUGUUUAGAUCUCGCCCCAUUUUAUCUUAAAUUGUGGCUCAGCAAUGUAUGUAAGUAGUGCAGAGAAACCCUGAAGCCAA